UUUUGUCUGCAGUGAUUGCUUUCGACCUAACCGACGACCUUCACAAACGAAUGUUCUUCUUUCAUUUCUUCUUCAAUCUCUCUCUCUCUCUCUCUCUCUGCCACAAAUUUCUUCUUCAAAAUUCAAAUUCUUUCACAAUGUCUCCAUCACAAUAUACCCAUAGAAUCUCAAAUUCUUGCAUAACAUCACUCUCUUCUUCAACUUGAUUCAUCACACGAAAUGCCAUUUUUUCUUCAACCACUUAACCAAAACCCCAAUUUUCCAUCUGGGUUUUCUCUAAAUCGCUUAAAGUCAUGGUCUUUGCAAAAAUCGCUUCAUUGGUAUCCUUCAAAUUCCCAACCCAACAAUCUUCACUUUCUCACAAAAACAAUCUUAGAAUCUCUUCUUCUCUUCAAGAUUUCUCUUCUUAUACCCAUUUGAAACAACCUCUUGAAACAGUUACAACAAUAACAGCACCAAGUUCUUCUAGGAAGAAAUGCAUCAAAGCUUUCAGGCUUGUAAUUUUACUCACAUUGUUUCUUUUACUCAGUUAUAUUGUUUUUAUGUUUGUUUACUCUUUUUGGAAUAUUGGGUCUGGUAAAUACUAUGUUGUUCUUGAUUGCGGUAGUACCGGAACUCGUGUUUAUGUUUAUAAUGCUUAUGUUCAAUAUAAGAGACAUAGCAGUCUUCCUAUAGCAGUUAAGUCUUUGAGAGAUGGCUUGCAUAGGAAGAAGCCAACCGGUCGUGCCUAUGACCGAAUGGAAACGGAGCCAGGGAUUGAUAAGUUAGUUUAUAAUGUGUCGGGUUUGAGGGGUGCGUUGAAGCCGUUGGUUAGGUGGGCGAAGAAGCAGAUACCGGUGCAUUCGCAUAAGAGUACUUCUGUGUUCCUUUAUGCUACUGCUGGCGUUAGGAGACUUCCUAGGAAAGAGUCUAAGUGGUUGUUAGAUAAUGCUUGGAAUGUGAUAAAGGAUUCUCCUUUUUUGUGUAGGAAGGAUUGGAUUAAGAUUAUUUCGGGUACUGAGGAGGCUUAUUUUGGAUGGAUUUCACUUAAUUAUCAUAGUGGUAUUUUGGGUGUUAGUCCUAGGAAGGCGACUUAUGGGGCGCUUGAUUUGGGGGGAUCGUCGUUGCAGGUUACUUUUGAGAGUGAUCAACAAAUUAAUACCGAGACUAGUUUGUAUGUUAGGAUUGGAUCGGUGAAUCAUCAUCUUACGGCUUAUUCUCUCGAGGGUUAUGGUCUCAAUGAGGCGUUUGGGAAGUCUGUGGCACAUUUGUUUAAGAAAGAGUUUGGAUCAUCGGCCAGUGCAGAUAUGACUGGUAAAAAUAUAGAGCUCAAACAUCCUUGCUUGCAGUCUGGGUAUAAGAGUCAAUACACAUGCUCGCAUUGUGACAGAGGUGGAAGUCUUGGUGUUAAUGAGAAACAAUUGAGUAAGCAAGGAAGGUCGGGAACUCCAUUAGUGAUUGUUGGUGCUCCUGAUUGGCAACAAUGCAGUGCACUUGCAAAAGUUGUUGUCAAUUUGUCUGAAUGGUCCAAUCUCAGCCCAGGACUUGAUUGCGGAGUGACACCUUGUGCUUUGCGAGAUAAUCUCCCUCGUCCUUAUGGCCACUUUUAUGUGAUUUCUGGAUUUUAUGUUGUGUAUCGGUUUUUCAACUUGUCUUCUGAUGCCACACUUGAUGAUGUGUUGAAAAAGGGUGAGGAUUUUUGCGAAAAAAGAUGGGAUGUUGCAAAGAAGAGUGUUGCACCUCAGCCCUUUAUUGAGCAGUACUGCUUUAGGGCACCAUACAUUGCCUCACUACUAAGAGAGGGUUUGCAUAUUAAUGAUAAUCAAAUUUCUGUUGGCUCUGGCAGCAUCACUUGGACACUUGGGGUUGCAUUGUUAGAAGCUGGGAAGGCAUAUUCCACUGGAUUCGGGCUUCGGAACUUUGAAUUGCUCCAGACGAAAAUAAAUCCUCCUAUUCUUAUUGCUAUUGUGUUGUUUUCUCUUAUUGUCCUUCUUUGUGCUUUAUCAUGUGUUGGCAAUUGGAAGCCAAGAUUUUUCCGGAGGCAAUAUCUUCCAAUUUUCAGGCAUAACAGUGGUUCCGGUGCUUCUGUUCUUAAUAUUCAAUCUCCUUUUAGAUUUCAGCGAUGGAGUCCAAUGAGCUCUGAGGAUGGAAGAAUAAAGAUGCCGCUAAGCCCAACAGUUGCAGGUUCACAAGGAAGUCCAUUUGGCCUCGGCCGUGGUUUUGAUGAUAACAAUGGUGGCAUCCAGCUUGCUGGGUCUUCUUUGCACCCAUCAUCUAGUGGCGUAUCACAUAGUUAUUCCUCAAAUAGUUUAGGGCAGAUGCAGUUUGACAGCAGUAAUAUCAAUAUGGGUGCCUUCUGGUCUCCCCAUCGAAGUCAGAUGCGUCUGCAAAGUAGGAGAUCGCAGUCUCGAGAAGAUCUGAAUUCCUCUGUGGCUGAAGCACACCUGGUGAAGGUUUAAGGCACCGUUUUCUGGAAACAUUGAGGUUUUUGUCAUGAAGAUGACUGGAGCUGAAGAUGCAGCCUGAUUGGCUGAUUCACAGUGAAUUUACUUCUCGUGAAGCUCACUACUAAACUGGAUUCCUCCACAAGUUGCAUAGCCCAAACAAAGCAAGUACUCUUUCUAGGAAACUGACAUAUUCUAUACUAUUAUGCUACUUGAUGUCACCAUGUUCUGCCUCAGUGGUUUAGUUUUUCUGGUACCCCUAAGCCUUUGGAAGUGAAGUAAAACAUCAAAAUACUAACAUGCAAAAGAAAGGGAUCUGUUUCAUCAUAUUGACAAGAACAAUUAGCUAUUAACUUUUCCUAUAGCAUUCUUUAGACUAAUUAACUGUCAUUACUACUACAGAGAUUGUUCUUGGAUAACCAAUUGGAAAGGCUGAACUUCUGAUAGAAGUUGUAAACAUAGUUCAUUACUCAUAUCUUAUACAUCAAAUAUGCUGCUGAAUUUAUUUUUAAAGUUA